CGGUUUUUGGGACAAUUUUCGACAUGCCGAAAGCAACGAGAAAAAAGAAGCUCAAAGCGGAGGAUUUCAGAAAAACCAAGCUCAAGGUCGGGAAAAAGAAACCUCCCGCCACAAACCAAACUGAUGUUUCCUUUCGCUCGCAAGCCAUUGUCGUUCCCUCUCAAAGUAUUAUCGACGAGAAGGCUUCCUCUGACCUUGUUAACAGUCGCAAACAAAGCCUCAAAGAUAUUAUAGUGCAAUUAAAACAUUACAAUGCACAAACGCGGAAAGAUGCGUUGGUGGGGAUUAAGGACCUUCAUAACAGACAUCCCGAGGCGCUACAUGCCCAUCUUAGCACACUUCUUGAUGCUCUUUCCAAGCUUCUUGUUGAUGAUGAUGGAAACGUUCGAAAGACGCUGCUUUCCUUUUUGAAGGAUUUGAUGCCUACUAUACCAAAGGGUCACUUUCGACCGUUCAUGUCACUUUUGAUGGCGUACACCUGCUCUGCUAUGACACACAUAUCGGAAGAUAUUAGGCUAGACGGAUUGAGGUUCUUAAGAAUAUGGCAGGAUAAUUACCCGGAUUUAAUCGCUACCUAUGCAGACAAGGUUAUUCCAAAUUUCCUUUCAAUGUUGUCAACCGGCGGUAAAUCCCAGAGCUCAUCUUCCAUCGGCACGGGUUCGUCUUUACUCGUGAAUCCCCGCAGUCAACUUGGCAGCGCAAAGUCUAGAGUGGACGUUCUGGACAGUCUUCACAGGUUUCUGCAGCUGGUCCUGGAAACUGGAAACGAUACCUGGUGGUUUCUGGCCAUGUCCACCAGGUCCGAAGACUCGGCUAGCACCGAUCAAGCGCCAGAAUUUGUUGCUUAUCAACCGCGCGGUUUAGUUAUCCACGGUUGGAGUGAGGUGCUAGGCAGGCCUCACCAUGCUCGUAGCAGCCUUCGUGAAAGCGACCACCUAGAUUUGUUUACCGCAACAAGCACAUCCGCACCACAUGAUCGUUUAGUGAUAGAUCAUGGUGGUAAGGGUGAGAAUGUAGUGCGCAAUCUGUACGACUUAGCAGAGUUUGACCAGUUGAAGGCUUUCACGGAUGUCAUCAUGCCGGUCCUUGUUGAUAUAUGGUUGGAGGCCUCACCGACGGCAUUUUCUGCGGGGUCCAUAACUCUAUCACCCGCUCUUUCCGUCAUGCAUACUGUUUUGAGAAUGACAAACUUGAUUUGGAGGGCUUUACUAUUCACUGAGAAGAAGCGAGCAGACAGUGGUUGGGUCGACUCGUGGUUAACGACAAUCUCCAAGCAUUUUGCGGUUCACUUUCCCUUCGGAAGCAGCAACUUCUCCCUCCGGGAAAAGCAGGUGGAUACAGUUUUACAAGAUAUGAAUAUCCUCUUUUGCGAGAUUCUGUCCCAUUUCCUUUUGGGAGGGCAGUCGAGUAAGCCGGAAGGAGCGUUCCACUGGCGGGACCGAAUGUUUGAAUAUGUUCUGGAGUUGUUUGAUGGCAAGAAAACGAUGGAUCGUUCUCCAAGAACGCCUGCGACAAUCGUAAGCCUCACUAACCAGCAAUUAGAAGCCACCUAUCCUGUGCUAUGGACGUUACUCAAUACAUUGGAUAGCGGCGAAUGUGCGGAUCUAAUGCGCGCUUUCUUACGAAAUGCUCAGUUGUUAACUGACCUCCGAUCUGCGAGACGCUCCUUCACCUUCAUAUGUAAAAUACUAAAGCUACAGGACCGGCGUCAGUAUAUUGGCAAGUUUAAAGUAUCUGCAAAUGAGCAGCUGUAUGACAUUAUACAGAAAUGGCUUUUGGGGUUGCCAAAAAAACUGUGGCAGCUAAAAAUAUCUGAUCAAGCAUUCAGCAAGGAUAUCAUUGACAUGCUGGCAUAUACCCUCAGAAAUGACCUUUGCGGAUUUGCUUCCGACAAAGCAUUCACAUCCGGUCUGCAGACCGCGAUCAUUCCAUUUUUCCAGGUCACCACAGCAAAAGGUCCACUAUUUGGUCCUUUCGUGGACUCUUCUCCCACCGUUCAACAUGCUGCCGUAGCGUUGCUCUAUUAUCUGCCAGCGUGGCCCGAUAAGCUGAUUCGUGGAGUCGCCACCUGUGUGACAAACUUUUCGGUAUCAGCUGAUAUCGUCGGUCAGACACUUGAGAUACUUGGGCGCCGACAAAAUCAACCGGCAACGUGUCUGCCUCUUGAAGUCUACGCGAGCAUUUUGAUAACCGUAGGCAUCGUGGGACAUGUGACCUCGGAGAUGGCUGCUUUGCAAACGCAGGACGUAUCGAAACACCCGUCGGGGCGAAUGAUGAUCAUUCGCGGGAGGAAUGAGGUCAUCGAGGCGAAAUUGAGAAAGAAGGAGAUCAACGCCGAUGAUUUCUGGAAACGGCGACUGGCGAUUACGCAGCGAGCUCUCACUUUGUUGUCACAUCCGUCUAUCGAUGGAGCAUUGUUUGUACCUGCUUUGCAGGAAUUGAUGCAGAUGCAAGCACUACCAGUAGAUACCUACUACGGAAUCGCAAGUGCCAUACAUUGCAUCGCCAAGUCUGCGGCAUUGUCAAAUUUGGUAUCCGUGCAAAUUACGGCAGAUAUCUCUCGCGCAUUGAUUGCCACAAUGGAAAUGAAUUAUGUCAGUGGGGAUUUUCAUCAGAAUCGUGAGACUUUCGUUCAUUGUUUCCAAAUUUCAUCGCUCCUGCUACUCCAAUUACCGGAUCUGGCGAGUUCGGUCAUCAAGAUGGUCUCGACGAACAUUCAGGAACGUACUAGGGUUUCUGCCGAUCAACCAUCUGCCAAUGAGAUAUGUGCGACAUUCAAAGUGAUGACAAGGUUGAUCCUAGGAAAUGAGCAAUUGAGAGACCAAGUUAUGGGUGGUGUCGACUCCCUCAAAGAAUUACGCCUGAUGGCGACCACAUUGAAGGACCUUGCGAAGCGCAGUGAGAAAGUAGGAACUGAGAUGCUGAAGGAGGAAAUUGAGAUGCUUUGCCGGCUUUUGGGUUUGUAAAGAGUAUGAUGAAGGGGAGUGUAGUACAGAUGAAAUCCUGUUUAAGAGUCCCUUUUUAUGUAGAGCUUAGAGUUAGAUGGUUCUGUAUAUAAUUUGUAGAAUGGCUUUCCCGACUGCUGACAUUUCUACUCUGUGUCAUCUACUUCUUCCAAAUAUGAAUUCACCUUUGCCGCCG